AUGCCCCCAUAGGUACUGGACCGGCUCUAUUCUUCAUGUGCUUCUCCAUCUGCAUUUUCUGAGCAAGCAGUGGCAAUGCUUUUGUUUAUAUCUGCCGCUGCUUCUCUAUAUAAUGGUUGGGAAUGUACAGAAAAUUGGUGAUAAGAGGACUGGGCGUCUAAGAAUCCUAGUUUAGUCUACUUUAUGCAGAUGGCAUUGAAAGGGAACCGUUUGAAUCAUCAAUCAAUGGAAUUUGUCUAGAAGAGUCAUAUAUGUAUUGUAGGCUGUUAAUGACAUGAUUUAGAGGUCUUAUGAUGGACUGGAGUGGAGAAUCAAACAACAUGAACAAGAAAAGGGGAAAGAAAAGAAGGAAUAAAGGAAAAGAAAAAGAAAUAACAAGCGCAGGAUCGGAAUCUGCGGCGAUAAUUGGGGAUGAAACUUGUGCUUUUGAGUUGUCUUGGGGAGGAAGGCGACUUUGAUGCUUAAUUUCACAUGAUUGUCAGCUGCCCUUCUAGCUAUUUCCGUAAAUAGAGAGAGAUUAACAUGAAUGAUCCUGUUCCUGCCUUAAUUCUUGAAGAUGAAUGAUUGGAUGUUAAUAGAAUCUCUGUGUCUAAAUGGUACAUCUUUGGGUCUAGUUAAUUAAUUUCCCUGGCCAGAUCUUGAUCCACAAAGCAGUGGAUUCUGAGGGCUAUAUAUCUCUUUUGUGACUCGACUCCAGUGGUGAGAAAACAGGCAAAUGGAGCUAAGGAUUCCACGGGAACCUUAAGACAAUGCAGGGGCAAUUCAGGCAUUCCAGCUAGCUAGUACUGUUUGUGGGGGAUAAGUGACCACCUCCGGUCCUGUAAUUCCAACUCCAAAAGAGGCUGCCGCAACAGCAACAGCUCUAGAAGAUCAAUGUCGUCUGCCUUGCUGAGGAUUCUUCUAUUGGCUUUGCUCUUUCUCUCCUCAAUCCCAAAUAAAUCAGAUGGGCAGUUUGAAGACUGGUGCAUAGCGGAUGAGCAGACCCCCGACGAAGAGCUGCAGAAGGGGCUUGAUUGGGCCUGUGGGAACGGUGCCGAUUGCAGAAAGAUACAGCCGAACCAGCCUUGCUUCUUGCCAAGCACCGUCAAGGACCAUGCUUCCUUUGCAUUCAACAGCUACUAUCAGAAACUCAAGCAUAAAGGAGGAAGCUGCUACUUCAAUUCUGCUGCCCUUAUCACUGCUCUGGAUCCAAGUCAUGGAUCGUGCAAAUACGAGUUUCUCCCUUGAACAAAGGAUUGAGGAUGGACGAUUGGCGAUUCUCUUUACAUCUGCAAGUCUUUUUGGAAAGAAAGUUUCUGCCAUUUUCUUAAUUUGUGAAAGAUUUCCAUUCUCUUCGGUGUAUUGAUUCAAACAUUAGUAUAUGCAUGUUCUCACUCUUGAUCUUGA